AUGACCGCAAGCAGGGAAGACAGGGCCUCAAUCUCCAUGAUGAACGGAUUAAACGUGCCUGGGAGCGCGACUAGAGGUGGACCUGUCUGGAAGCAACCGCCCACGAGAAUAGAUCCCCCAAUCAACUUUCGGCCAUCUGCCCCUACAAGACCUACUGUUAAUAACCCGUUCGACAUACCUGCGAGGACCAAUCAUCGGAAAUCUGUAGGAAAUCAGACAUCCGAGAGGACUCUGGUUCGUGCAAGCUUGAAUUCGUAUUCGAAUGCGGAAGGACCCCCACAGAAGAGGCGCAAGACGGACCACCUUUCCGCACCUGACAAGCCCCUUCGGAAAGGCAAAACUCGAGGCGUCCGCCGUCCACCCCUUGCUCCUGAACCGGUCGACGUAGAGGCAUAUGAUGACGAUACCGCGUCGCAUGCUGGCCCAAGUUAUCACUCCCGAAAGUCAUCGGCAUCGGAUGAACUCAACUUAGGGCCGUCAGCUAAUGGUACCCCAUCGAAUCCCCCGCGAGAUAGGAGAUCACAGGAACGAAGCAGACCUCUGGGUAUUGUUCCUGACGGCGCUUCGACAAAGGAACUCAUGCAGAAAUAUUCGGGCGACGUGGAUGAUUCGAUUGACUCCUUCACCAGUGAUGGUUCCCCCGGCCCCCCUCGCCUCGGGCAUGUGGCAGAAAUGAAGGAGAAAUUUGACCGACCAGUAGCAAAGCUGGAUCUGGCCAAGGAAGUCGCUGCUAACAAACCUAAAAAGUCUCUGAAAAACACUAUGAAGCGCAAGGAUGUACUUGGUCUGCGACCGAUGGAUCCGGAACCAACGUUGAGCUCUCCAACACUUGUCCUGCCCUCGGCGAAGGCAAGGUCAAAGUUAUCGUCAGUCGGCGAACCCUUGCCUAUUUCGAAGAUAUACAUGGAUGGCGAGGAACAUCACGCAAGCAGUGAGCGGAGAAUGACUAUUCAGCAGAAAUCCCUAGACACAUUUGCCAUACUAUCGGGCAAGACCCUGCUUCGUCCUCACUUCAAUGUCGCAGACAUAGACAACAUUCAAUGCGGAAUUCCAAGCGAUUUUCGCUCUGAGCAACUUAUGCAAAUUACGCUCAAGACUCUAUCUCAGCCAAGCGUCAUGGUCCUCAGGUUCGCCACGGAAGAUCCUUCGUGGAACAGUAAGGGAUACGACCAUUUUGUUUCCUGGCUGAAAGGCGUGAAAGUUCGGCUAGAGACCUUGCUGAAUAGCUCUGUGUUGUGGGAGGUUGCUGCCCAUGAUCGCGACUCCAACAGCGAACACAGUCGAAUGCAGCAGCUCAAUAUUGUUCACAGCGAGAAACAGCGGAGUGGGUACAAGCUCGGACCAGCACCGGGUCGAGGAAGUGGGCCAUUCGAUGAAACACUGGAGUCCAUGUCGAGUAGCCAUCGUGCUUCCCGGUCUUCCAAUCCUUCAUCCAUUCAAGUUUCUGGGGAAAAUCCAGCAAAUGACAAGAAGAGAGGGUCGAUCAGGCCUCCAGUGGCGAACACGGCGGUGCGUCGAUCGUCACGACAAACGGCGCAAGUUAGACCCACCGCAGAUGUCGACCAAGACGAAGUGAUAUUAGCAUACCCCCAAGGUGUCCCCGGUGCAGUAAAUAUCACUAAUGGCGAUCUCGCACGAUUAACACCAGGAGAAUUCCUCAAUGAUACCCUCAUCGAAUUCGGUUUGAAGCUAUGGCUUAAAGACCUAGAGACGGGCAACGAAGAACUAUCCCGUCAAAUUCAUGUAUUCAAUUCCUUCUUCUACAAGAAGUUGAACAGCAAUAAGAACCCGGAACAGGCCUACGCCAGUGUUCGCAAAUGGACGUCCAAGAUAGAUAUAUUUGCAAAAAAAUACAUAAUCAUUCCAAUAAACGAAAGGUUUCACUGGUACCUUGCUAUCAUCCAUGAGCCAGGCCAUGUGCUAAGAGGUAGUUCGACCGAAGUCCCACCGCCACGGAGACAGACGCGACUGUCAAUAGCAGAGUGUUCCACAACGGAGGCGUCGUCCGGAGUGGAUGAAAUAUCGCCGACUACCGCACUCCCAGUGUCUGAAGUGGUAGCAGACCAAGCCACAUCUCCUAGUGAAGCCGAGGUCGAAGACACCCUCAACGACUUCCAGAAUUCCUGCAGCAUCGAGGAGCCACGUUCCCGACCACCGACACCCUACGUACUACCCUCCAACGAGAAUGAACCCUUUAAGGAUCUGCCAUCACCUAUGUCGGACUUGAGCUAUGUCAGCAGCAGCAAAAGCCUGGAGUUUCCUCAAUCUCCGACAGUGUCCAAUUACGGCAGAAAUCAAUCUGAGACGCUCCGUGAACUAUUGUCACCACCUGAACAAUUCGAUAACAUGGUUGUUGAUAUACCGGAAGACGACGGCCCGAAGGAGACGUGGUCAAACGCUGACGCAGUUGAUCCUGCGCGCUUCUACCAACGAAGUGCGAAAGCCAAAGGAAAACGCAAAGCAGAGGCUGAUGAUACUCCGAUGGAUCUUGACCCUGUUGACGGUGAGGCCGUUGUUCUAAGCGACCAUCCUCAGACCAGGAUCUUUACUUUCGAUUCCCUUGGGACACGUCAUCCUGCAGUCAUCAAGAAGCUUGCACAGUAUCUGAAGAUGGAAGCAAAAGACAAGAAAGGUGUGGAGAAUGCUUCGACAGCGACAGGAAAAGAGGCCGCGGUUCCCGUCCAACCCAAUUACUGUGAUUGUGGAUUAUAUCUCGUUCACUUCGCGCAAACCUUUGUAGGCAACCCAGAGCACUAUUGCGAAGUUAUCAUGUCACAGAAAACCAAAUCCGUUGCCAACAAGGAGCGACGGGACGUGUGGCAUGACGAAAGAGUCUCUGAGAUGCGUGAAACCCUCGCGGAACGGAUACGGCAACUUUCUCGUGACUGGAAGAAGGAUCGUCUCGCCAAAGAGCCAAAAGCUCCUCCAGAGGAAGGGGAUGCCGAUGAGUGUGUUAGCCAGAAGGAGGACAGCGACGUCCAGGUGAUGCCAACGCCUGAGGGGGAACGGAAGAAGAAGAGAGGCGCCAAAAGCGCUGCUUUUCGCCCGCGUGGCUAA